AUGCGCCGUCGCACAUCAAUUCUCAACAAGGUAAAUAUCAAGGAAGCUGUUGAUUAUCUGGCAGAUGCAUGGGAGAAUGUAAGCAGUGAUACGAUCUUUAAUUGUUGGGUUAGAGCUGGGAUAUUACCCACUACCAGUGGCAAUGAUACAGCCAGCGCGACGCAAAUUCAGCAAGAUAUUUUAGAUAAUGAAGUGGCAGAUACUAAUCAAUUUAUUGAAGACUUAGGUGUGGCAUCUGACAAACUUCUUGUUGCUUCCUUGGUAGAUGCUUUGAAUGAUUUUUGUGACUAG